AUGGCUUCUGCGUCUAAUCAAUCCUCUUCCACUUCAGAAGAGAACACCAUCAACAACACAAUUACAUUAUUAAUGAAGGAGAAUGAUAUUGUAAAAUCUCAAACUACAAACUCCAAAACCUCAACUUUCAAGCUCUUAGGGGAUGCUUCUUUUCGCGGGCCGAAGUUACAAGAACUUGAUUUUAUCAACCCUACAAAGAACAUGGUGGCGGAUUCAUCUUCAUCAAGUUUGAUGAAUACUAAGUCCAAGAAAAAAGAAAAUAUUGGAAAGAAAUCGUUGAAUAAUUUCUCAUGCAAAUUUUGUAAAAAUCAAUUUUCAUCCGCGCAAGCUUUAGGAGGACACCAAAAUACUCAUAAAAAAGAGCGUGCGCUCGCAAAAUAUGUCCAAGAGGUAAACAGUGAUUUCGAUACUCUUCAUCAUCUUUUUCCUUACCACAAUAAUUAUCCUAGUCUUUCUACAACUCAUUAUAAUGGAUUUAGGUUUAGAUCAUAUAAUAGACCACUUGGAAUUAACAUGGAAUCUAUGAUUCAGAAGCCAAGGCCAAGUUAUUCAUGGAUUACACCUCCUUUUAAUUUUUGUCCUACUUCUACUUCUACAUGGACACCAAUGCAAGAGAUGAAAACCUUUUCUUUUCUUGAUGGAUUAAAGAAUGAGACUCUUAAUGUAAAUAAUGGAAAUAGGGUAACUCCAACUUUGAGGAAUUUUCUAAAGAACUUAGAAGUUGGUCUUGGAGAGUCUUCAAUAAGUAUUGCUACAACGUCAAAUUCUAUGGAAGAGAAUUCAAUUGUAGUUGGUACAAGUGAUCGUGAUAAUCAUUGUAUUAAUUUGGAAGAUGCCUCUAAUGCUGAAUCAGUUGGACUUGAUUUGUCACUUAAACUUUGA